AUGGCCGGACCUAAACUUGCUUUUGGAGGAUUUCCUAUCCCUUGGACACCUACCAACCGACCUGAAGAUGACACAGAUAUGCAUCCGUACAGCAAGCAGACUAGAAACACUCGAACACUUCCCGUGGGCUGGAAAUUUGCAGAGGGCAGGCGUCCAUUUCACCAGGAAACCAUAUUUGACGAGGUGGUCGAGAUUCCGCUUAGGGACGGUAUAAAGAUCUACUGUGACAUUUUCAGGCCCGUCACAGAUACCAAGAUUCCGGCUAUUCUGGCAGUGAGCCCAUACGGUAAAAAUGGGCACGGUAUGUACCUGAAAACGCUCCCUCUCGAAGUGGAACAGUUUUUGACAGUGGUAUUGCUGCAAGGGUUUCGAAUCUUCGACAAUAUUCCCUUCCGACUUGGACUACCCGAGAGCGCCACAUCUGGUCUUGAGAAAUUCGAAGGACCCGAUCCUGCUGAGUGGUGUCCUCGGGGCUAUGCAGUCGUUAAUGUAGACAUUCGAGGUACCUGGGAUAGUGAAGGUAAUCUUUAUAUUGAAGGAAGCCAAAUGGGUCUGGACGGCUAUGAUACUGUCGAAUUCAUCGCAGCUCAACCUUGGUGCAAUGGCGCUGUGAGCAUGUGUGGUAAUUCCUGGCUGGCAACAGAGCAAUGGGCAACUGCCAUUCAGAAGCCACCAUCGCUCAAGUGUAUAGCACCUUGGGAAGGAUUCACAGACAAGUAUCGCGAUCUGAUCUGUCGCGGUGGCGUGCCGAAAUACAAUUUUGCUUCCUUCAUUUUCAACAAAACGAUCCGCGGCCGAAAUCAACGGGAAGACAUCGGUGAAGCGCUUAAUAAAUGGCCUCUUUUCAAUGAAUACUGGGACGACAAGGUCUACGAUACCAGUGGUCUGACUCUACCCAUCUACGCGCUCGUCAGCUAUUCUUCGGGAAAUCAUGGAGCUGGUACCGUGAGAGGCUGGAACCAGGCAGCUUCAAAGAACAAAUGGAUCCGCUUCCACCCGACCCAGGAGUGGUUUGAUCUUUACACGCCUAGGUAUAUUGAUGACCUGCAAAGAUUCUUCGAUCGGUAUUUGAAGAAUAUUGAAAAUGAUUGGGAAGAAACUCCCAGGGCUAGAGUGUCCAUCCUCACGUAUGGAAAUCGUUUCGAGCCAGGGCCCAUGUGGGAUGUUCCAUUCGCCGAUUACCCCAUUCCGUCGACUGAGUACCGCAAGCUCUACCUGCAGGAUUCUGGAAAAUUGAACGCUUCCGUACAAGGCCACGAGGGUUUCGUCACUCAUUACGCGGACAGCUACCAAGCGAAACCGUCUGAAUUUGUGCUAACCUUUGACAAAGCAACCACUCUUGCUGGUCACUCAAAGGCCGAACUUUGGAUGUCUUGUAGAGACAAGGAUGAUAUGGACGUCUAUGUGUCCAUCCGCAAGUUGAGCAAAAGUGGCGAGGUGUUGGAGCACGUCAAUGUUCCCUGGGAAGCUCUUCCAGAGGGAGUCAAUACCCAAAAUGAUGUUCCGAUGGCACAGACUGUCAAGUAUACCGGCCCGACUGGUAUUCUCCGGGCUUCGCAUCGCGCUCAGAUCCCGGAGCGGAGCACCGUUAUGAUACCUUAUCACCCACAUGACAAGGAAGAAAAGGUACCUCCGGGAGAGAUUGUAAAGCUCGAGAUUUCCCUUUGGCCCAUGGGCAUCCAUUUCGAGGCAAGAGAGAGCCUACUGUUCCGUGUCCAAGGAUUCAUUGAUACGAGCUCCGAUUUCCCCAGUCACAUUGAUAAGAAACUCGACAAUCUGAAUGAAGGGCGGCAUACAAUUCACUUUGGUGGAAAGUAUGACUCAAAGGUCAUCGUACCUUUGAUUGAGUUGCCAGCACAACAGGCUAUGUGCGACGAGGAAUAGUCUGCCAAGACGAAACCCAGACUUGGCCUACUCUCUCCACUCAUCGCUCUCACGUUCCACAUUUCUAUUCUUGGAAGAAAGAAAUACCAUGAUCAAGUUUUGGGCUCUCACACGCUCAGAACAGUCCGGUUUCUCAUUAU